AUGUUAUGGACCUCAUGGCCAUCGCUGGUGACCACGGUUCUCAUCUCCUCGGCCGUCAUUGCUUGGUGGUUUACGGAGUCCAAGAACACUGCUCUCAACUUGGUGGCAGCCUGUAGUCUCUUUGCGUCUUGCUGGGCUGUUGCUCCGGACCGUGUUCGCGUCCUUGCGACGUCUUUACACGCCUCUGCCCUCAACACCAUCACGACGGCUCGCAUUGAUCUUUGGGCUUUCAGGCAUGCCAGCAUGUUGCUGACGGGUGGAGCUGUCUUUUGGUUGGUGCAGCGAGCAUGGCAGACGCUAUGGAAACCAGUUCCUGAACUGAUAAGCAUUCUCGGCGUAGAUGUGCCAGAUCCCCCCGAGGUUUCGCUCGCCGGUAUCAAGCCCAACUCCGCAACAGUCAACUGGACACGCGCACCGCCCAACCGCUCUGUCCAGAAGUUUCUCAUUCAAGUCAACGGGGUAGUUGUUGGGGAUGUUCCGGCAAACCAAGAUCCAGCAAUAGUCGUCAGUGGCCUCAAGCCAGACCACUUUUACAACGUCCGUGUCAUUGCCGUGGGAUCCAACAACUUCCAGGCCGGCAGUCGGGUUGUACGCUUACGCACUUUCGCUCAAGACGGACGACCUCAACUCGGUAAUGCCCGGCUGCCCUCCAGCUUUACGAUCGAAGAACCCAACCGCACGAAACAGUCCGAACCGUUGGACGAGAAUGCCUCUUCACGACCUCCCAUUCCUGCAUUGGAGACAGCAACAGCUCUGGAGGGUGUCGCUCCCUCGACCCGGGAUGGCCUUUCUGCUGCUGCCGCUGGGCCUCGCCGCAAUACGGUUACCAGACGUCACUCGCCCUCGACAACCAGCCUCGAUCAGUCUCUGGCACGGGAAGAAUCUGCGGAGGAUUCUACACAAACGCUGCCAGAGUUGACGCAACGCUUCGAGAGUAUUAGGAAAGAGACAGAAGAGGUGACACAGCUGAUCACCAAGGAGGACGAUGACAUCAAACGCCUGUUGAAUGAGUUGGAAGCUGAAAAGCAGGAGAAGAGAAGAGAGCAGAAGAAAAAGGAGGAGCAGACUGAAAAGCUGAGGAGAGAUGUCAACCUUACUGACCGGGUGAUGCGUAAUGCCCUCUCCCGGAAGGCUCACAAGGAGAAGGCUUAUAAAGAGAAGCAAAACGAACACGCCAAGCUUCACGACGAUAUCGCUAAAUGGGAAGAGGACAUAGAGGAUAUGCGCAAGGGGAGGGAGGGUUUCGAGCAGGAAACCAAAGAUCUACAGGAAAGCCAUGAUGAAGAGGUGGCGCAACUGCGCGACACCAACAGCGACCUUGCGGAGACCUGCGUUGGUUUGGAAGCGAAGCUGAAAGAGCUCAGGGAGGAAGUUCGGGCUCUAGAGGAAGCUCGCAAGAAGCUACCGGGUGGUGAAGAAGAUGCAGAAUGGCGCGAGAAAGAAGCUGAGCUCAGGAGAAACUGGCAUAGGCGCCAUAGGGAUCUUCAGGAGACGAUGAGCUUUGAGACCAGGACUACUCGGCGACUUGACGAUCAUAUUCGCUCCCUGGCGAUGCAGAUACAGCAAAUCCCCCCCGCCACUUUCGGUCUUUACAGUCAGGCAAACACUUCGGGCCUCGAAUUUGAGAGCGCUGGGGCGCUUGGUCAGACCAAGAGACGAAGCAGAACGACUAGCUCACUUGCCAACGUUUCGGUACCGUCUCCGUUACCGGCAUAUUCACAGCUUGAUCCGGCUAUACCUGUUAAUAGCGGCUAUGCCAGCGCAAGGUCGGCAAAUGUACCCCCGGGCUUUGCUCCAGGGCCAUUUAUGAUGGGCCUUUCGGCGGACAUGCAGCGUCACGACGAAAACUCCAGGGCCGCUUCUGCUCCUCUCAGUCCAUCCGCUACGGCUUUGCUUCCCUCGAACAUUCUGGAUGACAUGGACGAUGACGGGCCGAGCCCGACAGCUAGAUACGUACCUGAUAAUUACCUUCAGCAGUCGGGCAACUCUCUGGACAACGAGCCGCAAUCGCCUACAUCUUCAGGGGAAUCUCCCAGCUUACUUGGUAGCCCGCAUGGAUCGUCCUCGAACCUGGCCUUUCCCACACUUACCGGGGAUCAGCCCGAUAACCGGUCAUUGAACGCAAUAACCGGAAUAGGGUCGCCCAGUACUGCAGUGGGUUCCGAGCGCAAGAUAGGCAGCCUCUUCUCUUUCCCGAGAACCAGGGCUGCAAAGGUCAUGGAGACCGAGGGACCAAUGCUUGGAAGCCUCAAGGGAGGGCAGAGCCAGUCCUUCCCUCGCCAGACGGACGACGACGCGUUGGCCAAAAGUCGACGUAUUAGCCUCUCGGGCACAUGGAACGUAUUCAACCGACACUCGGCUACUCCCGAGCUACUUGAAGGCCCAGCCCCCGCUUCGCGCAUGUUUUCGACACGCAGUUUCAACCCUUUCGCGAGCUCCUCGAGGCCAGCAGCUGGCAUCUUUGGUGAACGUGACCCUAGUAGUCCUCGGCCUGCUAGCAUUGCGUCGAACGAGUUCCCACGGCCUUCCACGGAAUCCGGGUCGAUUUGGGGCCCACCACUCGCUUCGGACGGAACAGGGCUUGUCAAAACCGGCCGAAUCUGGCCGCAAGACGCUCCCUGGUCCAGAAACCCAUCUCGUCGGCCGUCCCUUCAUGGGUCGCCGUCUGCGCUGAAGACGACGUUGGCCUCUGCCGACGACGAAAUUCUUGACGAGGGUCCACUGCCUAAUGUUCAUGAGGUCGGUGUUAUUGGCAGGCCUCCGCCGCAGCAUGCGUCCAAGGACAAGAAUAAGGACAAGGAUAAGGACAAAGCCAUGGGCCGUUUGAACCCGAACGCUCCAGCCUUCAGUAUAGGGUCACUGUUCAAGAAGGAGAAGGAGAAGGAUGGGUCGAAGAAAGCGAAGGACAAAGGGAAGGACAAGACUGCUAAAAACAAGGAUUCAGGUGCGGCAUCUCCGGGCCACGAGACCCCGAUUGUUGCCUCGAUAGAGAUGUUGCUGGAAUCUCCUACGGAGUCUCGCAAGUCUCGUGAUGGGAUGCUGCUGGAACCUACGCGGACGUCUGUCUCCAUGACCGAAUCCCACGAUUCUCUUUCCCUCGACCACUCUUUCUCCAAUACUCCCUCGGAGGCCCUUAGCACGGGCCUGGCCGGCAGCUUCAAGGAGGACAACGUUGUCCGGAAGCUGUUCCGUAAGGGGAGCUCAGGCAAGUUCAGCCUUGCGGGUCGCUCGGGAGGUGGCCUCUUUAAGAAGGGACCCGGUAGUACGGCUAGUGCUUCGGAUAGAGGCGUUUCGAUCGGCGAUCGGUCGAGCAUGGAUAACCUCGAGGACCUCGGCGAGGAUGCUUUUAACCCGGCAUUCUUGGCUCGCAGCUAUGAGAGUGUUACCAGCAGUCCUAACGUCGGCCCAUCGGCUUCAGCCAGCAAUGUCAAGGACAAGUCUGUAAAGGAGAACAAGGCGCCUGGUGUAAGCUGGCUCAACUUUGGCAAGAAGGGAAAGAAGGAAAGGGAAAGUGUGGAGCUGGAGAGGGAGAAGUCUCAAGUCUUGAAGCCAGAGGUGUAG